UCAGUGAUUACCAUGUAGGUUUAAUGGCUGGAGUUCAGAUUCCCAGAACCAUAAAAGCCCAGAUGCAGUAGUAUAAGUGUCUAAUCCCAGUGCAUUCCUGCCUACCAGGCAAUGGGAGAUAGAGACAAGAGAACUGUCAAAAGCUUGCAAGGCAGCUAGCUAGCCAAGCAUAUAUCAGCAAAUAAGAGAGAGCCUGUCUCAGACAAGGGAGACGGUGAGGCCCAAAGCAUGAGGUUGUGCUUUGACCUCUACAUGUAUGUCAAGGCUCUACUCUGUGCUUACAGUGACCAACCCAGACCAAAGCUAUGAAACAGAGUGAGGCUGGAUGUUGAAGUGUUCUUUCAGAAACAACUUAAAUGUACUCUCCACGUAGGCAAGGUUUACCGUUGAGAUGGUUCACAUCUGAGCCAUGUUCCUGCUAUCUCCUAACUCAUCCUAGAGUUUGGAUCAUACCGAGCCCAAUAUUGACAUUUACUGAUGCAGUAAAAAAAAUUCUAAGGGGGACUGAGAGAUUCAAUCAGAAAACUCAAAUUCAUUAUAGGGACUUGAAUAGUGUGGAAAUUGGGCAUCGUUACUAUAAAAGAAAAAAAAAAAUCUCAUUACCGUUCUCAGCAGUCUUUCAUCCAGCCCUGGCUUUCCUUCCUAGACAAGUUAGAGACUAUCAUCUGCUGAAGAAAAAAAAAUUGCCUUAUUACAGAUUUAAAGUGUAGUACGAGGGACUAGAGAUGCAGCUCAGCAGUAGAAGAGUUAUCAAGACCCCAGGUUCCAUCUAUGAAGGCAUCCACAGCUCCUAUUAAUCUCAUGCUUUUGAGAAAGGAAAGGAUCUUCCUGUCAUUUCACUCUGUCCCCUCCCUGAGUUUCCAUACUUGACAUUCUGUUUGUCUGCUCCCCUCUCCUUGAACUUGACUUAUCCCAUGAUGUGGGGGGGCCCUAAUCAAACCAACAGAAACCAGGGUCCGAGAGAAGAUGUAAACACAACAGCGGCCUUUAUCGUGCAAACCCAGGAGGGUGAACCACUGGAAACAAAUGUCAGAAAGACACCAGAUCUUCAAAAGGAUGACCUGGCCCAGAGAAGAAUCCAGGGCAGACUUACCCCUCACCGUGAGGCUUUGAGCUUCAUCAAACUCUCUGGAAUUACGGAAGCUGACCUGGAGACUUGGGAGAGAUUGAAAGUGUCAGGAGAGACGAGGGACCGAGAUGCUCAGAACGCCCGUGCCCCUGAGCCCUCACCAGAAAUCGACACUGAAACCGCCAUCCGAGAUGAUUUUGCCAGCCGUAAAGCAAGGGCCUAUAAGAAAGCAUCUGGCCCCAGGCAAAAGUUUGUCCACUUUGGGCCUGUGACAGAGAUAGACCAACAAACUUGGAAGCGGCUCAGCAUUGGCAAAGUGGGGCCUAGGGACAAUGUGGAGGUUGUCAGUCACAGUAGCCAGAGCCAAAUUUCCUCUGGGUCACCUCCCUCUACUGCAACUCUUGGCUUAAAGGAAGAACAAAUGCUUAGUCCACAGAGUGACUGCAGGUAUUUUUUUCUCUCUGGUGCAAAUAGGUCUGCAUGGGAAUCAAAUGCUGCUUUUAAAGUUGGCUGGGGCUAGGGCCAUAGGCUCUGUGGUAGAGCAUACAUGUGCUUAGCAUGUGCUAGAUCCCCCCCCCCGGCACCAA